AUUCCCAUCAUGCAGUGCGCGUGAAUGACGUGUCCGCCAUAGCUGCUCGGGGACACGCUCGGGACAGGACUUCCACGUUUCACCCCAACUUUUCACACAAACUUCCACAUUUUCCUACGUAACAAGAAGAUCAGGAGACAGCAGACAGUUUCUAGUACCAACCAAGAUGUAUUUGAGACCGGUUAUAGCCGUUUUAACCGCGUGUUUGGCUGCGGAAGUGAGAGGUUUCUACCUGCCGGGUUUGGCACCUGUGAGCUACUGUGAUCCCACCAAGGAAGCAAACAAGGAGAAGCUUGAACAAGGAGAAUGUAGAAGUAAGGUAGAGCUGUUUGUGAACAGACUGGACUCAGUGGAAAGCAUCAUCCCAUAUGAAUAUGACAGGUUUGAUUUCUGUGUUCCUACUGAGGAGUGGGCCAAGAGCCCAACUGAGAACCUGGGACAAGUUCUGUUUGGAGACAGGAUUCGCCCGUCCAUGUACAAUAUAUCAUUCUUGAAAGAUGAAAAAUGCAAGGAUCUCUGCGGGGCCAAGAGUUACGACCCCACCAAUGCGGACCAGAGCAAGAACUUGAACUUCUUGAAGAGGGGUGUUCUACAGAACUACCAGCACCAUUGGAUCAUUGACAACAUGCCUGUGACUUGGUGCUACGAUGUGGAGGGUGACAGGAAGUACUGUAACCCUGGCUUCCCCGUGGGCUGCUAUGUCACCAAGAAGGGGACACCAAAGGAUGCCUGUGUCAUCAAUCCCCUGUACAAUGAGAAGGACACCUACUACCUGUUCAACCAUGUGGACAUCUUCAUCAGCUAUAACGAUGGGGAGGGGGAGAACUGGCCUGGGGCUAGGCUGCUGUCUGCCAAGCUGGAGCCUAAAAGUAUCAAUCACCCCAAACCUGGCGAGUGUCCUGAGGACCGUCCCCUCGGACUGCCCGGCUCCAAGGCGGACAAGGUCCACUUCAACUACACCUACUCAGUGGAGUUUGUGCUACAAAAUGGGCACAAGUGGGCCUCUCGCUGGGACUACAUCCUGGACUCCAUGCCUCAUACCAACAUCCAGUGGUUCAGCAUCAUGAACUCGCUGGUUAUUGUGUUGUUCCUGUCCGGUAUGGUGGCCAUGAUCCUCCUCAGGACUCUGCACAAGGACAUCGCUCGCUACAACCAGAUGGAGUCUGCCUUGGAAGCUGAAGAGGCUCAGGAAGAGUUUGGUUGGAAGCUGGUACACGGCGACGUGUUCAGGCCUCCCCGCAAGGGCAUGUUGUUGUCCGUGUUCCUCGGAACAGGCUGUCAAAUCAUCAGCAUGACCGUCACAACGCUCAUAUUUGCGUGCCUGGGGUUCCUGUCCCCAGCUAACCGUGGUGCCCUGAUGACCUGUGUCAUCAUCCUGUAUGUGUGCCUUGGGACUCCCGCCGGUUAUGUGUCCGCCAGGAUGUACAAAACAUUUGGAGGUGAGCGCUGGAAGACCAAUGUCCUGAUGACAUCGUUCCUGGUGCAAGGCGUUGUGUUUGGUGUGUUCUUCAUGAUGAACCUGGUCCUGUGGGUGGAGGGCAGCUCUGCAGCCAUCCCCUUCAGUACUCUGAUAGCCCUGCUGGCCCUGUGGUUCUGUGUGUCUGUACCGCUCACCUUCAUCGGAGCCUACUUCGGCUUCAAGAAAAGGCCAAUUGAACACCCGGUGAGGACCAAUCAGAUUCCUCGCCAGAUCCCCGAGCAGUCGUUCUACACGAAACCCCUGCCUGGUAUCAUCAUGGGCGGAGUCCUGCCGUUUGGCUGCAUCUUCAUCCAGCUGUUCUUCAUUCUCAACAGUAUAUGGUCUCACCAGAUCUACUACAUGUUCGGUUUCCUGUUCCUGGUGGUGCUGAUCCUGGUCAUCACCUGCAGCGAGGCCACCAUCCUGCUCUGCUACUUCCAUCUCUGUGCUGAGGACUACCACUGGUGGUGGCGCUCCUUCCUGACCAGUGGCUUCACAGCCUUCUACUUCUUCAUCUACUCGGUGCACUACUUCGUGUCGAAGCUGGCCAUCGAGGGCAUGGCCUCCACCUUCCUGUACUUCGGAUACACCUUCAUCAUGGUGCUGCUCUUCUUCCUCUUUACUGGCACCAUCGGAUUUUUCUCCUGUUUCUGGUUCGUCUCCAAGAUCUACAGUGUGGUCAAAGUGGACUAAUCAACAGCAGCACCAAUCACGUCCGAGAUAACACUUCAAAAUACACUGUCAGACAGAAGGAGGGUUUUUAUUGGCUCUUGCUUAGCUCAUCAGGAACGGGUGUACUCUGUUCCUACUACUUCAACCAAUCACUGCACCUGUAUCAUGUUAAGUGUAGGGUGGUGAGAUUAAAGCUGGUCGGUGAUUGGUGAA